GUUGACGUUUGCCACACCUGCCACACCUUUUUGUUUACUUGUCAAAUGUGUCAUCCUUGUGUUAUGAUUACCCAUUUUAGCUAAGAACAAAACUCGCCAAAAAUGAUUAGCUACGGUAAAAAAUCCCCAACAACCGGCACUCCGUCGGUCUACUCUCACGUUACAUCUCGAAGCACCGCCAACUUGAGGAGCAGCCGAAGUAUCAAGUCACUGAAGAUCCCAUGGUACCGUAGGCCUCUGAUAACAGACUCUAUCAUACUAGACGUCCAGAGAGCAGCCGUGUUGAUGGCUGUCUUCUCCUUAUUGCUGUCGAUAUUCACAGUGAUCACAGCAUGCUUUGACCUAUAUUGCUACGCAAUGGCAGUGCCAGGGUCCGUUCAUACAGGCUAUUAUGCGAUUUCGUAUCAAUUUAUCUUUGUAGGAAGCAGACAUGUUCGUAAUGCUCUUGUAAUGUUCGCCGCCCUUUCGAUUCUGCUGGCGAUUGCUGUUUUUGUGACCAGUAUUAUGUUGAUCGUCGCUUUGAGGAAGGAAUAUGAAAAGAAAAUUGUGCCAUGGUUAUACGCCUUCGCCAUUUUCACCAUCUUCCGCCUGUUCGCCUACCUCUUCUUUUCCAUCGUCAAUGACUUGAUCUUCGCCUACAACAUUCUGAUGUGCCUUCUCUGGACAGUUUUUCUAGCCAUAAGCAUCUACGGCUGGAUCCUCAUCUACUCCCUCUACAUUGAACUCUCAGACCUAACCAGACUUGAAGACUUGGCACACUUGCGGAUAACUGAACGCUACAAUUUAGAUGGGAACCAUGCAAUCUCUGAAUGCAUCGACAGUCCCCUCCCUGGCGGGCUCUCGUCCGACGACACCCCACAGUACGGUUUCGACGAUGCCAGUGGGAUGAGCUACUAUGGAGUACCCCACUCCAUGUCAUUCGGAACAGAAGCUACAACUGCAACUGUUUCGACGAUAUCGUAAUUUUAUCCGUCCAUAGUAUAGGAACAAGUGCGUAUUAUUUUUUAUCAAUGACUUAUUGUAUGUGACACAAUAAUAAAUGUUUUUAAUUUUCAAA